CGGAUGUAUGGGAAGAACCGUACAGCCGGCUGUAGGAUAUAAUUUGCGGCUAAGUUGCUAACGGUUCGGGAUGUGAUUUGAAAGCAAUAUAAUUAAAAGAAAUAUGGAGUAAUUUAUUAUUCAAUGUUUUUCUUAAAGGGCGUUGCUUUAUCCAUCCCCAUUUUGACUAUAUUUACUCCAUUCAUGUUAAAUUGACAAAUUUUAUCUCAAAAAUACAAAAGAAGCAAUCUUGAUGCAAGGCCACUUUUAAGGGCAAAAUUGUCCAUUUAAUAUAAAAGAAGUGGAUAUAUCAACACCCUUUCUUUAAUUCCCAUGAUUUUCCAUCUUUUCUGGUGGGGCAAGGUUAAGGGAACCCUUGCCUAUUUAUUAGCAUUAAAAAUGGUUUGAAAGCCCUAUUUUAAAACAUUCUAAAACAAAAUACUACCUACUACGUACUAUCUAAGCCCAAGCUCCUAUCUUUUGUGGUGAUGAUUCUGAUGAAUAAUACAGAAAACACUAUGCUUUGUCAGAAAAGAAGGUUAAAAGUAAAAGAAUGUUCUCAAUCCGAAGUGUAGUGUUUUCUUAGUCCACAUGCCCAUUUCUUAUGGUAACCUUCCAAUGGUGUGGAACGAAGUUUUUAAGAGGGAAGCAUAGGGAAAAAGAGGAACUAUAUGGAAAAAAAUGAGGAAUUGAAACUGGCAGAUAGAAUUCUAGAAAUGAGAUAUUAAUUAUAAGAAAAUCAGAUAGGAUGAUGGAUAUGAAAGAAGAUUAUAUCAGUUGGUAUGAUCAUAUAUUCAUGUUACAUGCAAGUCCAUUACAUCCUUCACUUCUGGAAACGACUGAUGUUCAUAGUUAUCACGGCGCCAAGGUGAGGUGUGUUCAUCACUUCAUCCUACUGGAUAUGAAACCAAAUAUGUAGUAUAUAGUAAAUCUGCAAUGUACCCUGUAAGUGAUGCAUCCAACUUUUUCCUCAUCUCUUAAUCAGCAUAGGACAAAUGGAUUUUGUUGUAGCUAUUCUGAAAUCUCAUCUGUAGAAGUGUAGAAUAGAGUUUACUGCUAUCAUUCCUGCAUUGAAUACUAGUACAGUAAUUACAGUUAGUAUUAUACGAUAUUCCAGUUUUUCUACAAAUCUACAAUUACUUGAAACCAUUACUGAUCAAAAUUUCAGCAGUGCAUUCAUUAUAAUUUAAUGAGUUCAAAGUAGAAAUCACUUCUUUUACCUGAUAUUUUUCAGCAAUGGUUCCUGAGUACUGGCUUACAGAGGGCGGUCAGAGUGCCACUGGUUCAUUGCUGGAUUAUGUGAUUCAAAAUCAUGUGGCAUCUCCACAUCUUGCUAACUGUGCUGCAUCUCAAAGAACUUCGGUGUUUGAAUUGCUGAAUAAGAUAUUAGAAUCUAUGAAAAAUGAACUCAAAGCCCCAUUUACUGCUGCUUUGACUGAAUCUAUACAUGUCCUCCCGGACUUCCACGGGAACAGAUCUCCAUUUGCAGACCCUAAUUCGAAAGGUAUAGUUUCUGGGUUAACUCUCGACACUAGUGAAAAGCAGCUGGCUCUUCUCUACCUUGCCUCAUUACAGGGUAUUGCAUAUGGUACCCGUCAUAUUGUAGAGCACUUUAAUGCCAAUGGACAUAAAAUUGACACACUACUUGCCUGUGGCGGUCUUGCUAAGAAUCCACUGUUCAUUCAAGAAAUUUCGGAUAUCAUUGGUUACCCCAUAAUCCUUCCACGCGAAAAUGAGCCUGUGCUGUUGGGAGCUGCUAUCCUUGGUGCUGUUGCUUCAAAGAAAUAUGCCACUAUUCGUGAUGCUAUGAAGUCUCUGAGUGCAGCCGGACAGGUUAUUUACCCAUCAAAAGACCCCAAAGUGAAGAAAUACCAUGAUGCAAAAUAUCGCAUUUUCCGGGAACUCUACGAGCAGCAAGUUAGCCAUCGGUCUCUCGUGCGCAAGGCUUUGACUUAAUAUAUACGUCCCUCGACCACCAUUAUGCGCGAGAAAAUGAAUGUGUGCUCUUCAUUUCUUUAAUGUGGUCUUAUAAGUUUCUUGGAGUGUGUUUGGGGUGUCACCAAGUAGGUGCAUGUACUUUGGUGAAACCUAUAAUUCUAUGCAUAUUUGUAGUACAAGAUUGUCUGCAUACUUUAUUCUUUGGAGGCAUAAUUAUCUUUUCUAGGGCAACUUGUUGCCAUGAAGACAAAAAAUAGGAUAAAGAGCCGUGGAUGGGCGUUGCCUAAAAUGUAAAUAAUGUUUAAUAAAAAUGAACUUUAUUGUAUGGU